AUGGAAGAGUAUAAGCAUUUUAGCCACCCACACAAUCUUUCCUUCCACAAAAGCUUGGAAGCUGCACAACUCACUUGUACUGGCUGCAAACUUCCUUGUACCGGCACUCCGGUCUACUCUUGCCGCCGUUGCAAAUUUUUCCUUCACGACCAAUGCUUCGAUGCAGCAAGAUCAUUGGUCCAUCCAUCACACCCCGCUCACCCUCUCUCGUUGUUCCCUUCUUCAACGUACACCGCCGGUUCUUUCAUAUGCAACUCAUGUAAUCAAACUGGUUCAGGUUUGUGUUUCUGUUGCUCCAUUUGCGAAUUCGACCUCCAUGUCCACUGUGCUUAUAAAGACCUUAAACCUAAGUCCGACAAGAGUAUUGAUCCACCAAAGCAGAUCCAACUUAAGGCUCACCCGAGCCACCCUUUACUUUAUCUCCCCAACCCACCUUACGCUGAUGAUAUCGUAUGUACUUGCGAUGUGUGUGGUAUGGUCUGCGAUGGUGAGUUGUAUAACUGCGGUGUUUGUGGCUAUGACGCACAUGUGGUAUGCUGUAACUUGCCGGAAACUGUCCGGCGGGAAGAUCAUGAACAUGGGCUUUCGUUACUUCAUGUGAAUCCACACGAAACGUUUGAAUGCGAUGUCUGUAGAGGUGGGAUUGCGCAGAAACACUGUAUUUACUAUUGUAUGUCGGGUUGUGAUUAUGGUAUGCAUGUUCAGUGCGUGGCAGCGAAGGUGACAGAGAAAGCUCCGAUGGAUGCAAUGACGUUUCAGGUUGAAAUGUUUAAAUUACAGAAUCAGAUGAAAAUUCACCAAAUGAUGAUAGAUACAAAGCUAAUGGGCAUCAGCGGAUUGCAUCGUAAUCGUUACUAUUAA